AUGGAUCUGUUUUCAUGGCUCUACUCUCUCAUCAUUCUCUUUUUUUUCUUCUUUGUUACUUCUUUGUCUUCUCCUUCUCCACCUCCAUUGUGCCAUCCCCAUGAAAGCUCUGCGUUGCUCAACUUCAGAAAUUCUUUCACCUUCUAUAACAAUACAUGGUUCUGUAUGGAGGAAUAUGGGAUUAAUAAUCCUAAUAAUACAAUUUCAUGGAACAAAAACAUGGACUGCUGCAGAUGGAGUGGAGUCACAUGUGAUGAGGUCACAGCUCAUGUCAUCCGUCUUGACCUUACAUGCAGUGGCCUUCAAGGCAUUCUUCACUCCAACAACUCUCUUUUCUCUCUUGCUCAUCUCCAAUCUCUUAUUCUCUCUUAUAAUUAUUUCACUGGCCAAGUUCCUCUCGAAUUGUCUCACUUUUCCAACUUGGUUACACUUGACUUGAGAAGGAAUUAUGAUUUGAAACUAGAGACAUCUAGCUGGAAAAGAACUCUAGCAAACCUAACAAAUCUCAGAGAAUUGUUUCUUAGAUAUGUUGAUAUGUCUUCUACUUCACCUGAUUCAUUUAUGAAUCUGUCAACUUCUUUGACAUCUCUUGAUCUUAGUAACAGUGAUUUGCAGGGGAAACUUCCAGAAAAUGUUCUCAGUUUGCCAAACCUUCAACAACUUUAUUUGAGUUACAACCCAAAUCUCAAUGGUUCUUUUCUACAAUAUAAUUGGAGCAGCCCACUUAAAGUAUUGAAUCUUUCUGAAUCUGGAGUCGUGAUAGAUCUACCUCAUCUUUGUAGAAAGUUUAAUGGGCUUCAACUCCUUGAUUUGUCAAAUAACAAUUUGAGUGGGAACAUUCCUCCAUGCUUAGGAAAUUCAAGUCUCUUUGUGCUAGAUUUGCACAAGAAUAAGCUUCAUGGCAUCAUUCCUUCACAUUUUCCAAAGGGAAACCACCUACAGGUUUUGAAUCUCAACGAAAAUCAAUUGGAAGGGUCCUUACCAAAGUCUUUGCUCAAUUGUAAAUGGUUGGAAUUUUUGGAUAUUGGAAACAACAAGAUAAAUGGAUCAUUUCCUUGGUGGUUGGAAUCUUUUUCGUAUCUCCAAGUUCUUAUCUUGAGAUCUAAUAGAUUUCAAGGUCCAAUAGGCAAUCCCAAGGUGAGACAUCCCUUUCACAAUUUGAGAAUUAUGGAUCUCUCUGGCAAUGAAUUCACUGGUCAUUUGCCGCAAAAGUAUUUUAAGAAUUUUUUGGGAAUGAUGAAUGCUACUUCACAUUACUCGAGCUACAUGCAAGCAAAUUUUGGUGGUGGUAAUUAUUACGAAAUCAGUUCGUUGACAAUAAAAGGAUAUUAUGCUGAGUUGGAGAAAAUUCAAACCAUGCUUAUAGUCAUUGACUUCUCAAGAAAUAAUUUCACAGGAGAGAUCCCAGAAUUACUUGGUAAGCUCAACUCACUCAAAGGGCUCAAUUUUUCACAUAACAAGAUCUCUGAUAGUAUUCCACCAUCUUUGGGAAAUUUGACCAAUCUAGAAUGGUUAGAUCUCUCCUCAAACAAGCUUGUGGGGAAGAUUCCAUCGCAAUUGGCAGCAAAUCUAAAUCAACUCCAAUUUUUAAAUCUUUCUGUGAACGAAUUGGAUGGGCUUAUACCUCGCAGUCGACAAUUUGAUACAUUCACAAAUGAUUCAUACAAAAAGAAUUUGGGCUUAUGUGGGUUUCCAAUUUCAGAAUCAUGCAACGAGACCACCACACACCAAUUUCAGCAAGAAGACGAUGAGGAACAUGUGAAUGGAUUUGAUUGGAAAAUUGUGUUAAUGGAAUUUGGAAGUGGAAUGGUUAUUGGAAUUUCGAUGGGAUACAUGUUCCUUUCAGAUAAAAUCAUUGAUGGGCUUGUCAAAACAGUGAAAGGAGAAUAA